UACUGUAGCAGUGCAAAUAAAGAGAGAUAACGGGCCGCAAACAGCGGGCUAAAACUUUUGUAAUGACAUGUUAGGGGAAUAACUUUCGCCUAAUCGUAAACCUGGGAGGGGAUCCCAGGAGAGGAAUAGGGUUCGAGCGGGAAGAAGAGCGCAGUUUUCACUUCUGGGGUGUGAAAAACCGGACGGCGCAUUCAGUAAAUUUAAAGCAAGUCAUCGAAGUUGAGGCUUGUCUAAAAGUGACUGUGGGAGAGAAAGUUAUCCGCAAAAGAUGAGCUUGUUGUCUGCCAUAGACAGUAGUACCUCUGUGUACCAACCUGCACAGCUUCUAAAUUGGGUUUAUCUCUCUUUACAAGACACCCAUCAGACGAGUGCUUUCGAUGCCUUCCGACCCGAACCCAAUUCUUCCCAUCCGGACCUGAACUACAGCAAGACUCCCGCUGCUGACCUGAGCUCUUCUCUCAAUUCCAAUUAUCUCAACAAUUUCUUUCAGCUUCAGCGGAAUGAGGCCUUGAAUAAUGGCUUAUACAAAAGCAUUUCCCCAUAUGGCUCUCUAAACAACAUAGUGGAUGGGUUGAACUCUUUAACGGACCACUUUUCUGACCUAUCCUUGUCCUCUGAGCCACGCAAGCCCAGCAAAAGACCUCCCCCCAACUACCUGUGCCACCUCUGCUUCAAUAAGGGUCACUACAUUAAAGACUGCCCUCAGGCCCGGCCCAAGGGUGAAGGACUGACACCCUAUCAAGGGAAGAAGAGGUGCUUCGGAGAGUACAAGUGCCCCAAAUGCAAAAGGAAGUGGAUGAGUGGAAACUCCUGGGCCAACAUGGGGCAGGAAUGUAUAAAGUGUCACAUCAAUGUGUACCCUCACAAACAGCGUCCUCUGGAGAAGCCCGAUGGCCUGGAUGUCUCUGACCAGAGCAAGGAGCACCCGCAGCACCUGUGUGAGAAGUGCAAAGUCCUGGGCUACUACUGUCGCCGUGUGCAAUAAGGAUCAUCAGGUCCCUGCCCAGUCCCACCUUCUUCUUCCCCUGCCCCCUCCCCCUCUGCCAUGCCCACCAAGUGCUCCACAAAAAAGUUAGAAGUGCCAAAAUAUUCUUGUAAAUAUUGCUAAUGCUAAUAGGGCCUCGUGUUUCAACAUUUAUUUGUUCUAUAUGUAUAAUUGAUUAUUGGGUAUGUGUUUCAAAGUGUGUCACUGACAGCAUUGCUAUCCACACCAGGCACAAUGGAUGACCUCAACAUUGUGUUCUUUGACUGCGUGUUUACAGACUCUGCCUUCAUUUUCCCUGCCAAGUGAACUAUGUGGAUGUGCUGAGUGGUAAAGGUAUUAUAUUAGUUCAGUCAUACAGGGCCUAGUGUGCCUUGCAGUGUUCUUUGGGUCAACAGCACACCAUUUUAACUGUGAAUUAACAGGGGAUAUUGUACUAGUCAUCCCUAGCUUUAUUUGCAUAUUUAUUUGUAAUGUUUUAUAUCAUCGUGCAAUUGAUUCAACUUAACUGGGAUAUUUACCCCUGUGUUUGUAUGCACAGAUAUUGCCUAACCCCACCUCUUGCCAUUAGAAACUACUGUAGGAUAGAAUCAUCUUGUAUAAAAUGCAGCAAUAUCAAGUUCCUACUUUUGACAUACAUGUAUGUUUGACAUGCGUAUCAAGGCAUGCUAGAUAUCUUUACCGAACACUACAGUAUUCAGCUGGCUAAAGCUAACUCUAAAAACACCACAGUUAAUGUACUGCAGUCAGUUUGUUGGCAAAGAUGCAGUAUGCUAACAUCUUAUACAAUAGUCAUUUUACUGAGCAGUAGCCUAUGACAAUUUUACUGAUUUCACAUCACCUUAAUGCCACACAGCCAGCUGGAAUAUACACCUUUAUUGCCUCAGGAUAGACACAGCAUUGGAAUUACACAUUUUCCUUUAUCUUAUAUCUGUAUCAUUGGGAAUAUGGGUGCCGCUAUGCUUGUGAUAAGAUGAUGCUAAAGGCCUCCUAAGAGCAUGCUCCUGGCCUAUGUGAAGCUAUGCAACUCUACAUUGGCCUUAAAAUAGCUAGAUCUCUAUUGUGCAUAAGUAGCAUUUAUUAGUGGGACUAAAAGUAUUUACUUUUAUUACAUAUUAAAAAGCCACCACCAGCUCUGAAACAGAAAUAAUAAAUUGGUCAAAUACUUAGCCUGAGGAAUUCCUUUGAAUUUAUAUGGCCAUAUUAUGUAUGGCCAUUAUAUGUAGGAUUUUUGUAGAACGUUUGGAGAUUGUAUUUGACAUCACAAAACAUUUAGAAUUCUUCUUCCCCAUGAAUGAAUAAUCACAUCACAGCUGUAUAAAAGCUUUGCAGUUUGCAUAUUUACAAAAUUGACAAGUGAUGGAGUUAAUCCCAUCAAAGAUGUAAUUUCUGGGAAAGAAUCACCUGUUUGCGAGGAAUGGAGGUAACACAGCUAAAAAGUGACAAAAGGACAAAGUAUGUUAUGAUGAAAAGUCUUUUGAAAGGUCUAAAAUUAGAUAAGACUAAAGCAGAUCUGGACUUGGUUAUGAAUGGUUGGUCAUAGGACAGAGGACAUUUGGAAAUAUUUGAAGAGGGUAGUUUAGUAUAGAGAUUUUAUCAUGGGAGAUGGAUAUAAAGUGUAUUUUCAAGAUAUAAAGAUAUUGAAGGAUUUUCUAUAGUUUACCUCCACUGAAAGAUUUGUUUUAAAAGGCUACAUUACAUACUAAUUGGUCACAUUUGACUGUGAUCAAAGAGCAUUUAAUAUUUUAUAACAUUAAAUGUAGCUUUAUUUUGUGUAACAAAGGUAAUUUUUAGACUCAUUUGUAAGCAUUUGCUCAAUGAAGUUAUUGAAAGCAAAAUAUUGUCUUGUCAAAAUUGUAAGCCUAGAUGUACAUAUACAGUGAAACACGUUUCUUGGUAUAUAGAAUGUGUAUAAUUGUUUACUAAACUUUGGAAGUUAUAACCUCAUAUAUUUUAUGUUGUCUAAAAAUGUCUUUCUGAUUUAUUGAUACAAAUUUUAUAUUCUCAGAAACAGACCACACCUGAAAGAAUUAAUCCAAAAUGCUUAGCAUGAUCAUGAACAUUGAGGUUUUGGUAGGUAAUGUCAUGUCUCAUGCUGGUCUAAGAUGUGAAUUGAUGGGACGGCAAUGUAACGAGCCCAUUAGCACUGAAAACAAAACCAACUAAUUAUUUCCCUCCUUUCAUUUUUGCUUGUAUAUUAGGUUUGUUUUCCUGAUGGUAAAUCUAAUCACACUAUAGUCUGUUGCCAAGGAAUCACCAGUGAGAUAUAAGUGAGAUCUGCAUUUCACAAAAUGAACCUCUACCAUAAUUUGUCCUAGCCUUCUAGUAGAGCUCUUCACUCAGAAAUUGUAGUUUUACUGUGUGCUGUUGUUCUUAAUAGCUGCUCUGUGCACACGUUGUUAUAUGCUAAGCUUUGCUUUCAGUUUCAUUUAGAAUGGAAGGAGUUGUGAUCAAAUGUCAUUGUAGGAGAUAAGCCAGAAGCUUUUCUUCUGAGUAAGAACCUAUGGUUUCGGUGCAGUCACUGCUGACUCACAAAUGUUCCCCACAUUACUGGUAUCAGCUGGGAUUGCCUAUAGCCUUAACAUAUGUACAAAAAAAAAAAGAGAAAGAAAUUAAAAAAGGAAGAAAUGUACUGAGAGCCAGUUCACUUGUGGAAGUGCAGUUCCUAAUGUAUAUGCACAGUGCGUACGUGCUCAUCUGCAUCCUUUCAGACUGAACUUGUAUUCACAGGGAACGUAGCGUCCUUUGUAAAGCUCAGCCAUCAUGAGAUUUAAAUGAAGAGCAGAUUGCUAAUGCUGAGUUUGUGGUUACUUGUUUGCUUUCUCUGCUCUUCUGGGGAGGUGUUUUAGUGUACGGAAGCCCAGUGGUGUGCCCUUUCUGUUCAUACAGCCAGAGAGGGCAGAAACAAUUAGAUGUGGUGGUAGUAGAGUGUACAUGCAUUUACCAUACAAGUGCUUUUAUGCAUGUUUGUCUUGAAUUACAUAUACUUGACUUUUAUAGCUCACUUUCAGUGUAAACUUAUUUUCUAUGAAAUUUAUGUGUAUUUUGGAAACUAGUAUAGAUGUUGAAAAUUUUUCAAUUUGAAUCCAGAUUUGAUUUCCCUUUCCAAGAUACAAUUUUGUGUUUUUAUGUAUAUAUUCGACGCCAUCAUUUUCAAGUUAGCUAUUUUGGAAUGGUAUGAUGCAAUAUUAAAAUUGUUUAUGCAAAAAAGGGCAGAUUUCUGAAAUACAAAAGAGCUGGGAGUUUUUAUGUUGUUUUACAAUAAUCUUAGGUUAUAUCCUACGGAAAUAUUUAUGGAAGGUCUUUCUGCAGUUUCUUCUUUUUUUGUAUAAAGUGCAACAGAACUACACUAAGAAGGAAAUAUUGAUGUCUAAGUAGAAUAUUAUUCAAUGGUUGGUACAUAAUUAUUAUGCCUUUAAAGCCAUUUAUUUGUGUUUUGUUAUUUUGGAAAUUAUCAGUGUAUACAGUAAAUUUAUUACCCAUUACAGUUAUACAGGUGUUUUAGUAUACCUGUCAAAAUCACCAUACGUGUCUGCUGAAUAGCAUGUGUGUUUCAAAUAGCAGUUGUAGGAAAGCAAUAAGACUAAAGCCUGCUUUUAAAAGACACUCACACCACUGUAGAUCAAACUCUAUUAAACUGAGUUUUUCAAAUGUCACCAAUUAAUGGCAAAAUAAUUAUUAUGAAAUAUUGUUUCAUCUUUUUGAAAUUAUGAUUACUUAAAUAUUUGUGUGAGACAAAGAACUGUUGCUGAGUUUGCAUGUGCAUGUGUUUUAACUGGUUUAAGAAGUAUACUUCUGUGCAAUGUAUUUAAUAUGACCAUGUUAUUUCUUGGAAAAAUAUUUCAUAGCGUUCACCUCACUAAUAACUGAUGUUACAAUGAAAUGCCUUUUUCACUACUAGGGUAUACCAAUUAAUCCAUAUUUACUGAAUGUACUGAAUGUACUUUUGUGAAAAGUUAGAAAUGUUUAUGUUCUCGUUUAUGAUGUCUGUAACAUAUUUGAGAUCAUAAUGGAUUGGACAGAGCAACAGAGCAGGUUGAUAAAAGACUGUACUAGAAAAUAAAACCAGAGAACAACUCUGCUGCUCAAUGUCCAUGAAACGGCAUUCCGAUAUGUGCCUUAUUUGUUAGUUAGGAAAACUGAAUACUUUGUGCUUUUAGGAGUUUGUUGAAUUAAAACAUCAAAUCUAAA